AUGCCUUAUACACCGCCCUCCCGCUCACCCGCUUCCUCGGGCCCGCCGUCGCCCGAAGGAAGUCGGAGGCCAUCGUUCCACCAACCCCAAAAUACAUCGUCGCGGCCGGUUCUACCGCGCUCCUCUUCAUACCUGACGAAGCACCGUCGAACACCCUCAGCCGCACAAUCCCGUGCCAGCCACCCGUCGCCGAACGCAACAUCAGAAGACCUCAAAAGCCUGGUGACGAGCAGCAGUGUGCGGCAGUCACCACCCCCAAUCCUCGGUGACCAAGGGAUGCCAAGCGGGGCCAUAAUAUCGCCUCCAGCUAGUGACGAUGACGACCUGCCCGAUGUUCGGGGCCGCGGGAUUGAGAACCUGAAGGAGCUGCGCGACGCCGUCAGCCAGAUUCCUCAGCAACGAUCAGGGCUGCUCACUGAUGAUGACACCCUCCCUCUCUCCCCAUCGGAACCUAGUGCUGCCGCGGAGGGCAUGCGCCAUAGUUUCAGUACUGCCUCCCUCGGUGAGCUCGCAAACCGGGUUCCUCGACGAUUCACACACAUGCGAUCCAACACGGAGCCCCACAUCUCUAUCAGCAAGUCAAGCAGCAGCUCGGCAACGGGUUCGGAGGAGGAUUCGGAUGAAGAGGGACAGCGGAAACCACAGAUGGUGCGCAAGAAGUCCGGGGAACUCGUCCGACCGGCUCUGCGCCCUGCGUCCCGGCGGCGACCGUCAAGUAUGCCUGGAACUCCCACCUUCUCAAAGGCAGUGCACUUUGACUCGCAACUGGAACACGUGAGGCAUUUCCUUCAGGUUGAUCGGCCGCUCGCUGUCAGUGCGGGCUCCUCGCCCGUCGACAACUAUGAAAGCGACACCGAGUACCCCUUCUCCAGCGGUGAGCGUCCGUCCGCGCGCUCUCCUCCUUUCGAGUGGGACAUCGUCAUGUCCAAUUUUCCCGUGGAGACACCAGUACGCAAGGCACAGCCAGUACGCUUGGAGCGGGUCUGGCUGUCGAACGAUCAAAAGUCACUUGUUGGCUCAAUUGCGGUGGCCAACCUGGCGUUCCAGAAGCUUGUGGUAUGUCGGUUCACCCUCGACUACUGGAAAACGACAUCCGAGGUUGCGGCCGAAUAUGUGUCUGAGAUCCGCGGGGUCGAUACGCCUUACAGCCAGGACAGGUUCAACUUUACCAUCAAACUGUCUGAUCUGGCCAAUUUGGAGUCCAAGACACUGUACUUCUGCAUCCGUUACAAUGUUAAUGGGCAGGAGUAUUGGGACAACAAUAACGGCAUCAACUUCCAAAGCGGCAAGAGGGGUGCGAUUGGUGCUGCCUCGCGUCAGCUUAACGGACUGCCCAAGAGCAACCGUCGCCCAAGUCUGCCCGCAAGCCAGAGGUCAAAGCCGACCCCUAUCUCAUCGGACGAAUUCGGUGACAGUCAGAGGCCGAGCUUCAACGCCUCGAUCCAUGAGUUCCUGGGGGAGUCGGGUACUUCGGGCCUCAGGUUGAAGGGGACCAGAAGCACUGGCGAUCUGCCUAGCGACAAUCUGUCCAAGGGCCUGUCGGGACCCUCCGGCCAGUUUGCCCUUCGGUACGAUUUUGGGCAGUCUCUUAGUCGGGCGAUCCAAGGCGCCAAGAACGAAAUGGCAGCGAAUCCCGAUGUUCUCUACAUGAAGCCGUGGAAGGCCAUGGGCUCUCCCACCCCUACGAAGGCAGAUACAACGGACAAAUCUGAGCGGCUUACCACUGCGAAGGCCGAAUCCGCCACUGUCGGACCGGCAACUGCCACGUCCCCCGCGGACUCGCCAGAUGCCAGCAUUUCCUCCGCCUCGUACGAGGAGAUCGUCAACAAAUGGUGCUUUUACGGUUCCAAGCAGAAGAGCGCCGAGCCCAGAGGGGUAUUACCGAAUGCCGGUCAGCAUGAGGGCCCCGACGAUGCGAGCAGCAGCACGGCAAGCUAUGAGGGAAGUCCAGUCCAGACGGGCAAUUACUACCACACCCACAGUGGCAUUCAACACCAUACGCUCCGACCACAUGACCCGAGUUCGUACUUCGUGCAGUCCCCGAUCUUCAAGGCCAUGGGAGCCUCCCCCGCCGAGUCCCCGCUUGGGAAGAUUUCGCCGCAGCACGCGGGCAUCACGUUGGGUGGCCAGGGCGGGGCAGGGGACUUCACUCCUGUAUCGUCUGCGUCUGCGUCGCCGCACGACUACCUCUAUCAGCGCGUGCACGACCGUUUCCCGUUCCAUCGCUCGGAUUCUUACACCCCGGCCGCGAUCCGGGGCUAGUACACCUUACCGUGACCGGGUUGGUCCGCGAUACUCCUCACAACCUCCAUUCUGGACGCAGUCGUGUCGUCUCGGGCGACGUCGGCUUCUCGGAACAUCCAUUCUGAGCCGCAGGUCCUUUCACCACGGACCAAACGGCGGUUUCUUGUUCUUUCUACUCUUAAUAUGGGCGUCGUUGCUUGCAGACAAUGGCGUCACGGCGUUACCUGACGCGGAGGCGAAUUCCAUUUUGGCGAAAACUGGCGGUGUAAAAUGUUUCCUUCGGUCAUGGCGCUCUGGGUCUUUUCCUCUUUCCUCGCAAAUCUCUCGUCUCUGGCGUUGCCUUCCUAAUCGGACACAUAUCAGGGUAUAGGCAUCAUGGGUAAAAGGCGUUUUCGUUUUGCUGUUUUCACUUUGCGCAUAAUGGUCCUGGGUUUACCUCUUUCUUUCCUCGCUUCUCGUUGUUCAUCUCUCCUAGCGCGC